AUGACUGCAAACGGAACUUCAAAUGGAACUGCAGCGUUCGAGUACUCCGCAAAGAACCUCCCUCUCAAGCUCUUCAUCAACAAUGAGUAUGUUGAUUCAAAGUCUGGGAAGCUCCUGACAGUGUACAACCCUAAGGACAAAUCUCUAGUGAGCGACAAGGUCCCUUUGGCCAAUGAGCAUGAUGUCGACGCAGCUGUUGCGGCCGCCGAAGCAGCCCUUCCUGGGUGGAAGAAAAUCACGGCAUCGCAACGUCGAGAUAUUAUGCUCAAGUUCGCAGAUCUCCUCAUCAAGCAUACCGAGGCUCUCGCUGAAUUGACUCGGAUCACUCUAGGCGCCCCCUUUGGCUCCUUCGGUGCAUUCGAGGUCGGACUUGCGGCAGAAGCGUUCAAGUACAACGCUGGCUGGGUUGAUAAGUUUCUCGGAGAUGCGGUACCCCAAGAAAAUGGCUUCAUGCAAAUUACUCGCAAUGAACCUCUCGGUGUUACCGCAGGAAUUGUCCCCUGGAAUGGCCCUUUGGGCACAGUUGGUCUGAAGGCGGCCCCUGCUCUGGCCACUGGCAAUUGCUUUAUUCUCAAACCUUCAGAAAAGACUCCAUUCGCUGCUGCUGCCCUUGGGCCUCUUAUUAAGGAAGCUGGUUUCCCACCAGGCGUGUUCCAAGUCCUCACAGGCGACGGCUCUACUGGAGCAAUUAUUGCCAGCCACAUGCGAAUCCGUAAGGUCAGUUUCACUGGCAGCAUCCCCACAGGCAAGAAAAUUCAGGAGAUGGCUUCCAAAUCUAACCUCAAGCGCGUCACUCUCGAGUUAGGAGGCAAAUCUCCUGCGGUGGUAUUUGAUGACUGCAACCUGGAUAAUGCAGUGACCUGGUGUGCAAACGCGUUGGCUGCCAAUACUGGCCAAGUCUGCUUCGCAGCAACCCGUGUCUACGUCCAGGAAGGCGUCUUCGACAAAUUCUCUAGGCUGUACAAAGAAAAGCUGGAGGAGAAAGCAAAGACGAUAGGCGACCCGGAUAAAGAAACCACACAAAUAGGUCCACUGGUGGAUGAAGCCCAGUAUUCGCGCGUCAAUGGCUUCAUUGAACGAGGAGUAUCGGGAAAACAGGGCACUCUUCUUACCGGUGGCAACAAGGUCGGGGACUCUGGCUUUUACGUGGAACCUACGGUCUUCACUGGCGUGAGUGCUGAUGCAGAAAUCUACUCGAAUGAAAUAUUCGGCCCUGUAUCAGUCCUCAACUCUUUCAAGACUGAGGAGGAGGUGAUCAAAGCGGCCAAUGCCACAGAGUACGGGCUCAUGGCAGGCGUCUUCACACAAGACAUCAACAAGGCACUCCGGGUGGCUAGCGAAUUCGAUUCAGGCAUGGUUGGCAUCAAUUGCGUCAGCCUGACCUUCUUGACCGCGCCGUUUGGUGGUAGCAAGGAGAGCGGUCUGGGCAGAGAAUGCGGUAGGGCUGCGCUGCAGGCUUUCACGGAGCCGAAGACGAUUAUGAUAAAUAUGACUUAUUAG